AAACAUAAAAGCUAAACUGUCAACGGAGACUGUUCUCCGCUAACAGAUUUAUUGGGUUUGAGUCCAUAUAAGACGAUGAGUUAAAUUACAAAUCAUAUAGACCGUGUGCAACUAAAUAUGGAAGUACUAGUGGGACUGGAUGAGGAGUUUAGAAGUUUUUACCCGCACUCGAGCCGGUCUGCGUCAGGAACUCCGCUGUUCUCUUCAGCGGAACGACCUACUUCUAUAAACUCCGAGUCUCUUACUCCUUACGUUUCGUUUCCAGACCAUAUUGCCCCAAAUUCCUCAGUCACUUAUGGAUGUAAUUUCGGAAACAGUUGUUAUUGCUGCAAAGUACAACAGAACGCUUUGUUUCCGCCUAGUUUUGUGAAACAAAGUGCGAAUGGACAGUCCGAACCCGUGGAUUAUGGUGAUGCCUCCAGAUGGUUUAAGGAGUUCGCUCUCUACCAAGGUUAUUCCUACCCAAGAAUCCCUGCCUGUAUUUGCCAUGAUUUACCUAUAGUUCAUAGAGCAGGAGAUCACACACAUUGUUGGACAAUGGAAGACCACCAACCAUGGGACUGGUCAAACAAUUGCAGCAGCAGUCAACUUUAUUACUGCAAAGACCAGACGCAGAGCCCGCAUAUCUGGAAACCAUCAUUGGCAGAGGGAAGAGUUUCGUUCUGUCAGCGCGGGAGAAAGAAACGGGUUCCUUACACAAACCUGCAGCUGAAAGAACUCGAGCGGGAAUUCACCAACACUAAGUUCAUUACUAAAGAGAAGAGACUGAGGAUCUCUGCUUCUACCAACCUGUCAGAAAGACAAGUCACUAUAUGGUUUCAAAACCGCCGAGUCAAGGAUAAGAGGAACCCUAACAAAGACCUUUAA